AAAUACCCCGUCCCCUUCCUCGCCGAACCCAAAUCCAAAUUCCAAUCUCCCCAGGCUUCGGAUCGAAUCGAAUCGCAGAGGAGUCGUCUAGCAGGCGCAUAGGGUUAGGGUUCCGCGGAUUAUGGUCUGCGGCGCUCGACGGCAGAUGGAGAGUAAUCCCGCACUCGAUGGCGACACUAGCAGAGAGCCCAGAGAAGCCUCUGCUGCCCCAUAUGUGUGGGAGGGAAAGAGCCAGGAGACGGCAAACAGUAUGAUGAAGCAGAUGAGGAGAAAGAAGAAGAACCGCUCGCCCUCUCCAGAUUUGGUGAUCGAUGGACAAAGUUGUGAUGCAGUGGCGGUCCGGACACCAAAGAAGCAGCAUUCACAGACACAAUCCCCCCCACUUGCCUGUGAUGCAAGUGGCUGUGCACAAGCGGCCUCAGGAGAGGCAUCUGUCAUGCUCCAUGGUCUUUCUAAAAGUGAGACGAAUUUGAUACAUGAUAGAAUGGGGCAAUCCUCCUGUGAUACCGAAACGUCUGUUGCUACAGAUAAAAUCUCAGAGUUUGCUGCACAGGUUGAGCUGCAGAAUGACCUUAACCAAGCUGUCCUGCCCACCUGCCUGGACAGUGGCAGGUCUGAAGAAGCCCACAGAACCUCUCCUGUGGUGACAACAAGCGAACCGACCCUUGAAAAGGAGGCAAAGAUCCAGAGCUCGCUUGCUUCCACAGAUCCCGUUGGUGUUACAUCGGACCAUGGGGAACAACCUGACAAGAUUGUCCAUGUCUUCAAUGAGGAAGAAAUCGAAGGCCUCGAUUGGAGUGAUGCUAAGCUCAGAGAACAGAUCCACGUUUAUUUGGACAAGUUAAACUUUAGUCUCCCUGAUGAAGAUGACGAAUUUUGGUCUCUCUAUGAUGAUCAAGAACUUAAGAAGCUCAAUGAACGGCUCGCCCUGCACCGCGUCAGAGCUCACAAGAUAUCAGAGGGAGCACUGCUUGAGGAACUGGACGAUGAAAAGUUGAUUCAGGAGUACCCUCCAGCCAUUCUUGAGGACGAGGAAUACUUUCAGUGGUAUGAGAAAGAUUUUGAAUGGUACUUUGAUCCCAAUUGCUGCAGAUUUGUUGGCUUCCAGGACUACCAGCGCCUAGUCCUUCGUGAUGAUAGACAGUAUCUACGCUGGGGCGAGUAUCAUAAAACUUACAUGACAUACCAAGGUGACCAAGAAUACGUCAAGUUCUAUGAAACGGUAUCACGUGAAACUAAGUGGCUUGAAAAUUUCGUGGAUGCCAGCAUGGAUGAGUGGCUAAGGUACGAGACGUUGGCAAUGUAUAAAGCAAUGAAAAUCGCAGCAGGCUGUAACAAUAUUCUUCCAACUUUGAUUCACACUGGCUUCAAUGAAUAUUUGUGGGAUGUUAAGUGUAAUGGUACAUAUGAUGAUUAUGCUAGUCUCUAUUUAGAGAUUUGGAAACGGGUUGCUAAGGAAAAGAUGAGUUUUCUAAGCGCUGUGAAAGAAAUACAUGAUCAAGACAUGUGUUCCCCAUGCCUUAUCCAAAUGAAAAUUGAGCUUGGUUGUGCCCCAACAUCUGGUGGGCUGAGAACAAACUAUGAUAGAUAUCUGGCUGAUCUUGAUGGAGAGGUUGAACAAAAUGAAGCCCAUUCAAUUAUCCUGGAGGCUGUUAAAAAAUUUGUUCCAAAACAAAAGUCAUAUUAUGAUUAUGUCAUAAAGAAGUUGGAUAUUGCAAGAAAAAACGGUGUGAUACCCCUGUAAAGCUGCAAGUUAGCAAACAGUUCAAAUGCCAUCACAGGUGGUGGGGGGGGGGGGGGUGUUAGACGGAGAGCAGUGCAAGAAGCAAACCAGGCCAUGGAUGUCGAUAAGCCCAGAUGCCUGCUUGACUAUCCUAUAUGCCCAUUGUUGAUUUGGCUGUUAAGAGGGUGGUUUUUGACUCCCUUGACCUUUAAGGGUUAAGUAGGUUAUUGAUCUGGUGCAGCAAACUAUUUGAAUUGGUCUGUUUGUUGCAGCAUAUUUGUAGGCAGCAAAUAUCCUUUAAGUGACUUUAGUUAACCUUGCAUCCCAACUGUGCAGACCUGCCACGUUGCUUGCUGUGAUUUGUGUUCCCAUUUUGUUCACCAGGUCGCUUGUGAUAUGUGUCUAAUGACGCCACCAGCAUUGGAAGCUUUAAGAAUUGCGCAGGUGGAAAAACAACUUGCCCACUUGUCGAAGCUUGGCGUUCUGCGGACAGAGACGCCGAGUGCGGUUUCUCCUGUCCCCUCCCAACAGCUCCCGGCCCCCUGUCCUCGGCGUCCUCGCCGGCGGCAGGACAGGUAGGCCGGCCCCCUCCCUUCAUCUCCUAUUCCCCUCUUCUUUCUUUUGUAAGAUCCUCUAGCCAAAUAAAGUUUGUAUAGAAGAAGUUUUGGAGAAAGAUGAGAAGAAGCCAGGCGACACUGUCUGCGCCGCCUUCGACGGAACCCACCCCUCACACGCCUACGCCGUCCCCCGCAGCGCCGCCAACCACCGCCGAGUCUCGGACCGUGACGUUCGCCAUCUCCAUGGAGGAGAGGAAGGGCUUCCUCCAUGUGCUCAGAGCGCUGCGGGACGUACGAGGGCCGGCGCCGCAGGCGCUUCUCGUGCUCGCCGGCGACCCAGAUCUCGCCUCCCUGUGUUGCCUGCUCUUCAACCUGUGCAGCGCGGGGGCAGCUGCCUCAGGCUCCCUAUCCCUUCGCACGCGAAGCAGCCGGUGCGCCACGCGGAGUCCAACGUCUACCUCCGCGCCCACCACGCCGUCACCGCCAUCGGACUCCCCGUCACCACCGUCGACGCCUGCAAGCUCCAUUCCAAGACGGUGCUCUCCAUCUCGAGAUCCAGAUCUCGUCUGCCGUCCUCAGCUUGCUGCGGGGCCCGCGUUCGUCGUAGUGGGACCCACUGCCUGUGAGAUGGGAUCCCCGCCCGCAUCCUUAUCUGUGCAACUCCAUCUCUUCUUCUUCCUAGUUUAUUUUCUUCUUUUUCUUUAUUUAUUACUUUCGUACCACUCUUGUAUGGCUACAGGUCUUUAUUCGGAUAGAGACGCCCGGCUCCCUUGUCCCCUUCCUUUUA